UCUGUUUCAAGACUGUAAUAAGUCUCUACUGACCAUCAAUGUCUUAUCGACUCCGGUCUCCAGCGAUUCCAAUCAGAUAACUGAGAUAAUUCAAAGAAUUUAAUUAUGAAUAAUUGAUUUUUGGAAUUUUUAAGUAAGCAAUUUUAUUUAUUUUUUUGUAUUUUUUUUAUAUUUUUGAAUGAAUUAAGCAUGCAAUAAACAAAAAUACCCUAAAUUUCCGGAAAUAAAUAAAUUAAAAAAAACAUGUUCAAAACGACGCAAUUUUACGGUACCAUCUUCAUUUCAUACGCGCGCGCGAAAUAUUUCAAUUGUCGGAGUUGACCCGAUCGUGUUGAUAACGUUAUCACUUCUUCAUCUGUGUAUGCAAUCAGCUCCCGUUUGUCAACUGUCAUGCUAAUGUCAAACUAUUGUCAAGCUCCAUGUGAUCAAUAUGUGCUUGAAUAAUAUGGUAAGUCGCAAUGGUUUUUCAAUUAGGAAAAUUUUGAGUUUAUUCUUCCCUCACUGAGGGAUAUUUAAUCAGUUUGGGAUCACACCAGAUCUGGUUACGCGUUUGUGAUCGAUAAAUAGUGGAUUCUCAAGUGAGGUCGAAUAAACUUAAUGAUUUCCUAGUUGGAAGAUCAUUGUUGAUAUGCUACAUGUGAAUGAAAGAAAAAAAAAUGAUAUGAGGAAAAUAUGCGUUCAAAGGAAUGUCGGAGAUGUUAGCGGCAAGCAUGGCGAUUUGGCACUCCUCACGCGUGUUCCGGAAAAGCACCUCAAACUUCCGCUUAUCAUCCCAAGGACUCGACAUAUUCCUGAAGAUCCGGACCAUGUCCAAGUAAAAGUCCUGGAACUUCUCUCUAGCACCUUGUUUACGGUUGCUGGCUUGACGCUCGUAAACAUAAUCCAUGUCGACAGACGAACGCGUAAUGCUUGCUCCUUUCGACUACGCGAAGCCGCAUCACUCAUGCUACGUGUCCUCAGUUCAUGGUCCAGCUCAUCAAUGGUCAAGUGAGCUGUGUCCAUCCCAUGAUACAGUGCAGUUAGUUGGUUUAAAUCCAUGGCAGAUUAAGGAAAAUCAAAGAAAAUUAGAAAUUUAAAAGAAAUAAAUAACAAAAAUCAAACGACACAAAUAAACGUCGUAAAAAUUUAAAAUAAGUGCACCUAGGUUUUGAUCAAGCGCAAAAAUGAGAUAAUUGGAAAAUGUAACUAGAAAUUUGCUCAGUCACAAAUUGUAAAUUGCUCUUUUAGAAUAGAAUUUGUUCACGCACUUCCUAGAAUGCAAAAUUGAUCUGCCUGCUGCAGAUUGCAAAUAAUUGAAAAACCUAAAAUUUGUUCACGCUUGUAAAAGCUAAUUAAGAAUCACAGUUUUUAUACCAAUCAAUCACUCAAUU